AUAAGAGCGGGCAAAAUAGUGAGUUACCCACUUGAUUUCUGUCUAUCAAAGGGAUCAAAGCAUUUUUUUUUUUUAUCUUAUCGUCAACAUGGGCCAGCUUUCUCAACAUGAUGUGCAAGUGUUGCAGGCGGCACUGCAGGACCAAACCGACGUUGUGACGGCCAUAACAAAUGCUAUAAAUGAUGUUAACCCGAAGCUUUACGAUAUUAAUAAAAAGAUUCAUGCCAAUCCCGAACUUGGGUAUGCGGAGUUCCAAGCCCACGACAACAUCACCAAGAUGUUUGAGGACUUGGGAUACCAGGUUACGAAACAUGCCUACGGUCUGGAAACGUCCUUCCUUGUUGAAUACGGAACUGGAGGUCGUGUUGUCGCCUUUAACGCCGAGUACGACGCUCUACCAGGCAUUGGACAUGCCUGCGGCCAUAAUCUCAUCGCGAUGAUGUCAAUUGGGGCAUUUUUGGGUGUAGCCAAAAUGCUGAAAGAAUCGGGUAUCAAGGGCCGAGUACGUCUGGUCGGCACACCUGCAGAGGAGGGAGGUGGUGGAAAGUUGAAAUUGAUUGAUGCCGGUGCAUACAAGGAUGUUGAUGCCUGUUUAAUGGUCCACCCGGGGCCCCUGAACGGAUGCCCUGGUUUCACUGGUGAUGCCUACAUGCCUACGAUCGCUAAUCAUAAAUUUUCUAUUCAUUUCACGGGGCGGUCAGCUCACGCGGCUGUGGCACCAUGGGAAGGUAUCAAUGCUCUGGACGCAGUGGUGCUGGCAUACAACGGAAUCAGUAUGCUUCGGCAACAAAUCAUGCCGGCGGAGAGAAUUCAUAGUGUCAUCUCGGAGGGAGGGAAGAGGCCCAAUAUCAUCCCGGAACACGCCUCCUUGGAGUAUUAUAUCCGCAGCCCGACCUUAAAGUCGGCUGAUGCACUCAUGAGCCGGGCGUUGAAGUGCUUCGAAGGUGCAGCUCUUCAGACAGGAUGCACAAUGAAAUUCGAAAAGAUCAACACGUAUGCGGAUGUCCGAAAUAACAAGUCCAUCAGUUCCCUGUAUGCCGCGGCUAUGGGGAAUAUGGGCUCGCCCGUUAAAUGUGACUUUGCCGCUCUUCCCCUCCCAGGUUCGACGGAUCAAGGCAAUGUAUCCUACGAAUGCCCCGCAUUCCACGGCUAUGUUGGUAUCCAAGCCGCUCCCGGAGCAACAAACCACACUCCUGGAUUUACCGCAGCAGCGGAGAAAGAGGAAGCACACACCCUUUGUCUGGAGUCGGCUAAAGGAAUGGCUAUUGUGGGCUGGCAAAUUCUCGCGGACGAGAACAUAGCGAAGCAAGUUCGGCAGGACUUUGAAGAUGAUAGGAAUGCCCGAGAAUCGGAUGUGGACCUUCGCAUGUAUGACCCACUACCUGGGGGUGGGUGCUGUUAACUUAAGAGAACUGGACUACGGAGUAUAUACGGAGUAUCUACUACAGAAUAUUAUCAAUACCUGUGUUCAACGG